CUCUGAUUGAUCUUCCAUAGUGUUUCUUAGCCCAAACUAAUGACUAAAAUAAGUGAUUCAAUUUAUAAACAUGCCUUUAUUUAUUUAGGAAAAGCUCGAUAAUAAAAACCCUUGCAAAAACCUUAAAAAAUACAUAUACAAAUUAAUACAACAUGCAUCACAAUUCACAAGCCCGGCCAUUCAUAAAAUGUCAUCUAAUUGUCAAAAGUCAAAUGUGAUGUCCGUGUCAUGUGUCAUUUUUCAUUUUCAUAAUCCAGACGUUCUUUAAAGCGAGAGAGAAAAUUGUUCUCGUAGGUAAAUCCCUGCUAACAACAAAGAAGACAAUAUAAACCAUCAUUAAAUGAAAAUAAGGGAUUUUUAAAGUGUUCUGUUUUAUCGUCUUUGAAAGGUAAAAAAAAAAACGGUAAAUAUCCCCCGUACAGAGAAAGCGAUAUUUUCGUGGCCAGUUCCAUUUGUGCCAGCAGGUGGAAUGAAUUGAAACGAAACGCGUUCUACAGCGAAUUUUUCGAAGAUGAUUUGUUGGAAGAGAAGGCUUCCAGGUGCAAAUUCAACAAUAUGAAAUGCAUAUAUCAGAUCAUCAAACAUCUACAGAGAAUAACAUCUUGACAAAAUGUUCAAAAAUGACAGAAGAGAACCACAGAAGACAUGGGAUGAAUGGAAGUGUUGAUAGAAUUCCAAAGGAGUGCCACAAGCCUAAUUAUGGUCAGGGAGGUCGUCUUAAAUUCUUUAAAGAUGGAAAAUUCAUACUUGAAUUGGAGAGAGCCAGAGAAGGGGAAAGAGUGUCGUGGGUAUCGGUGCCAAGAAAGACUUUUUGGCCUCCGCCGGGUACAGCUACUUCCACACCUGCUUACAGGCAAGAAAGCAGUACAUCACUUAGUGUUUCAGAUGAUAAUAGCUCAAUACAAUCGUCCCCGUGGCAACGGGAUCAUUCCUGGAAGCAAACCACUCCGAGGAGGGAUAUCUCGCAGGAAAUGGUGCUGUUUUUCUGGAGACCCAAAUGGAAACGACAGUGUCGGGGGCGAGGCGUUAAGCGGAGGCGCCCGCUAUCAAUGGUCGAGGUUAAAGAGGAAGAAAGGAUUUCCCCGAUCAAGGUGGAGAAGGAGGAAAUCAGGAAAAAACGACCUCUCUUGACUAUUGUUCAAAUGUUGUUAGAUAAAAAUUUUAGGACAAGUACUCCACCUAGACCAGAAACAGUGGUUUCUCCAAGAAAACGCUUUCUACGAGAAAUGGAACGAGAAAGAACCCCUUCAGCUUCAAGCAGUCCCACGUCCGACCGGCCAGGUUCCAGUGACGACGGUUCAACGAAUUCAGCGCAAAAACGUAGCAGGGUCCGUCCGCAGAGCAAUACUGCCCCACCGGCGGCUAGAACGCCACCAGGUGCCAUAAUUAAAAUUGAAAAAUCCGAAAAUCUAACUCCGUCUCCCCAUAAUGCUCCGAUUCGAAGUAACGGCGUGGAAGAAACGCCUGUAAAUACGACCAAUAAGUCUUCGAGAAAUUGUAGUUAUAGUAUAACGUCAUUGUUGGCUGACGAUCAUCACAAAAGCAGCCUAAAAAAUUCACCGAGUCAUUCACCAAAUCGAUUUUCGCCAGUAGUUACCCAGAUGGGCUCAAUACCCGUUCCAGGGGCCAGGUACUGUUCUCCUGUAACUUCCGAGGAUCGUAUCUAUUCUGAGAGUGUCGAUAGGCUAAGAUCAAUAGAAUUAUCGCAAGUAGAAAAAUGUGGUUACCCACCCACAUCGUAUCAACAACCCCCGCCGCAACCGUAUCUAGGACCCACUCCCUACAUGUACUCUUUUCCACCGUUGCCAGCCUACUACAGUGCACACCCCGGAGUAUACGGACGAGCUGGUUACAUGGUACCUCAACCUGUGUUCCAUCCCCAUGCCCAUCCUCAAGUACCACCCACACACAUCUCGCACCCUGUACAUCCUGUAGCUCAUCCUAUGCCCAUCAGGAGGGACAUACCGAGACCUGCUCUUUGGACACGGGAAGAAGUUGUUAGGGAUACUAGGGUGCAAGUGAAAGAGGAGAAUAAUAGUAGUGCAGAUAUGCCACUGAACCUGUCCAAACACUCUGGCUAGAAUAAAAGUGCCUUUUGGAUAGUAAGACUACAAUUAUUUUUGUCCUACUUGUGAGCACAACAGUAUUAGCGUUAAUUUUUGAGGGCAGAAUCAAAACUUAAAAAAUAUUAAACAUGUCUUAGGGCUGGGUUUAUUCACCUUCUGAUAAACUUUAAGGUAUACAAUCUGACGGAUAAAAACGCAAUCUAUAAUCCCAUUGGUUGGCCAGUUAUGGUCCACCAAUAGAAUUAUAGAACAGUAAAUUUAUCUUGCAGAUAGUUACCAGGAAGUUUAACUGAAUAUGAAUAAACCGCGCCUUAAAUUACCAAACAUAUGGGAUCCAUUAAAAAAAAGUUGAGGUGGGUUUAUACAGACACAUAACAUUAGGCUAUGUGGAAACCGCUUUAUGGCGUAAGUUUCAACUUUCAUGUCGUGCUUCCUUUGGCAUAUUUCACAGUCUUUGGUUUUUGUUCACAAAAAGCAGAAGAGGAUAUAAUGUUUUGUGAAUUAAGAAAGAGCAUUCCAAUAUUGUAUAAAACAUUUCAAACCUGUUGAACAACUGAGUUGUGUAAUAGCUAAGUCCAAACAAAUUAGAGAGAUACCGGUAAACCAUGCUGCUUCUCAACUUAAAGCGGUAAAGUUAUAGUGCUAGAAAUUGAAUCGCGCAUAAAGUUAACGUCAACAUAAGGUAGUAAACCUAAAUACUGCAUAAUGCUAUGUGGGUUACCGAUUCUCUCUCUAUUUAUUUGAAGCUGGAUCCUAAUAAUCGUCAAAUGAUGGCUAAUAUUUUACUAAUGCCUCUGAGGUGUAUCAAAAUUGAGGCGUUUUUUUUUUUAACUAAAAUAACUUCAAACUUAUUUCACUUUUUGUAAAUUCUCAUUAUAUCCACUUCUUCUCAGUUUUCUGAUAAAUGGGCAAUUUCCUUUGUACUUCCUUUGGUCAUAGUUAGACGAAGAUUAUGUAAAAAUUUCCGUUAUAGAACAAGAAAUCGGAAGGCUUGACUUUCACAACUUUAAAAUUAGAAGUUUUCAGGUCACACCUCUAAGUUUUUUUUGGGAGGGAUUUCAAUUUUUUCAAAGGAUCCAGCCUUGACACGUUAAAGAAGAAAAUCAAAAUGUUUGAAAUUGAUUUAAGUAACAUCACGCAUUGUAUAUAUAUUUAUAAAAAUGAUAAUUAUUCAUUCCAUCAUAUUGUUGCAAAAAAAAAAAAAUGGAAAUAUAGAAUUUCAAAUACUAUAAUUUUCAUUUUUCAAGUCCAUUGGCAAAUGUGCAAUCAGUGAAGUUCUUAAAACAUCAAAAUGUAGAUAAUCAAUUUUUUUUUUGUAAAAAAUAUAACCCUUCCCCAUUCCACCUGUAUAUAAAUAUAUUUUUUAAGUAAAAUAAAACAAGACUCGUAUGUAAAAUACAUACAUAUUUCCAUAGGUUAAAAACCUAAUUAUGUAAAUACAUUUAAAUGCUGUUUUUGUAUAUAACGUUGGCAUACCUAGUGGUGUUAUUUAUUUUAUAUUUUUGUUUUGAGAGAAAGAAAACCCCAUUGGGCUCCUAGAAUAUACAUGUUUUUUGCUCUGAGCAUUUUUUUUUGUAUAUAAUGUAUCUGUAAGGGAAUAUGAGUAAAAAAAAAUGUACAAAGUCUAUUUUCAUAUACAUACCUAAUAAACCGUGUAACCCAAUAAAAAAAAGACAAUAGUUAAGUGUAAUAUAUUUUUUAAUUUUUUUAAGGUCGUAAGAAUUUGUUUGGCAGUGGUUAGGUUAAGCCACAAAAAUAAUUUCUUAUGACCCUACGGACUGGUUCAUCUUGUAUUUUAUAAGUAUAAACCCUAUAAUUAAUUUAACAUAUUUUUUUUUAUGUUAAUAUUGUCUUUGUGCCAUCCAGCUACUUUAAUUUAUAUAUUUUAAAAUAAAAAAAAUGAAACAAAUCAAAAACUGAAUCUCAUUUUAUUUUUUUAUUUGUUUUAAUAAUCCAGUGCUAGCAGUAUUCAAAUUUCAGUUUUCACAAGGCACUGGAUCUAUCGUCAUCCUAUUUAAAAUUACUCUUCACAUUGGCACUGUUGUGAUAUACAUAUGACUAAAUAAUAUUUUUGUAAUUUGAAAUAAAAUGCAUUUUUCAAACUCUACUUUUCGUUUUGUAUUGUGUACAGUGAAUAAACUUUUAA